AUGCUCUGCGAAUUAUGUUUAGCACUGGCUGUUUUGGAAAAGGUGGACAGAAUCGGUUGGAGUCUCCUUGAUGAUGGUUUAUUUUACGAUGAUUCUUCUCUAGACAAGGAAUUCGCUAGGUACACUGCGCUUCCCGAACUACCAUUUUUGGUAAUGGUGGAAAGAAUUAUUCACAUGGAGAAGGAGGAAAAAUUUAUGAGACUCGUAAAAUUCAGUGAUGUGAAGAAAGUGUUGAAGAAGUUCAGCUAUGUGGGGUACCAAAUCAAUGCCCAAUACAGAUCCAGCUUGAAUCAUCUAAUUAGUCGAGAGCUUGGUCACGUGGCUCAUGUUGGUGGCCAUCAUGGAAUCACUCUUGCUGGUCUAAUGUCUUUUCACGACUCUCACGGGAUUUCUUCUUGUUCGCCAGAUGUGCCAAUCUACGCGUACCCCGGUGUAAACUCUGGGCUGAGUUCGGCAACAGUAACAUAUAAUUUCGCUGAACGAAAUCGACAGCUAACUAUUGACCACGAGAAAGAUUUAUUGGAGUUCUACCUGCUGAUGUGUGUGACAUAA